AUGAGUCAUCCCGAGUACGCUGUCCCAGUCUAUCUGGGUAUCUUGGCCGUUGAGCUAAUGCUAUGGCUAUUUCUUCCCAUCGUCUUUGUCACACUACUAGUGUUCAAAUGCCGUAUGGAGAACAGAGAGGUAGAGUGGUUGGAAGAGGGUCUUCUGUUGCCCGUGGAGGAAACGCCGAUGGACUAUCAAACCACGGUCCGGGGCUUGAGGGUCGGUACGCUGACGAUCAUAUCUACUACAGACACUAACAAGUCAUUGUACAGGACGAUCGAGACAAAGAAGUAG